GCACUUAUCAGUCGGUUGUCAAUGUCAGGUUUAAGUGCAUACACUAAUAUUUUCACAUUUCAACUCAACCGCUAGAGAUAUUUAGAAAUUCGUCAAACAGGCUAAAGAUAAUCAAAACAAACAAAUAUGUCACACAACAGUCACAUUGUUAUGCCGGAUGGCACCUGGAUAGGUUGGUUUGUUAAUCUGCAGGUAAACACGUUUCUUUGCCGCGUGCCGCAGGAAUAUAUUGAGGACAGAUUCAACUUGACUGGCCUCGAGCUGUUGGUGCCCAGCUUCCAUCAGACCCUGGAUGCCAUACUCGACUUGGAGUUCGACACGGAAUAUGGCUUCAAUCCAAUGGACGCGGACCCCGAGUUGACGGCCCAACUAUAUGGCCUGAUCCACGCACGCUACAUACUGAGCACGCGAGGCAUCGAAGACAUGUGCCUCAAAUAUCAGAGUGGCGAUUUCGGAAUGUGUCCGCGCAUCUACUGCAACGGGCAGCUGGUGUUGCCUGUCGGCCUAUCCGAUCGCAUUGGCGAGUCGCAUGUGAAGGUCUACUGUCCGCGCUGCAGGGACGUCUAUCAGCCGCACCCGCGUUGCGCGCUCCUCGAUGGCGCUAUGUUUGGCAGCAGCUUUCCGCAUAUGUUCUUUAUGCAGAUGCCGCAUCUCUUGCCGGAUCCCCCCAAGGAGCAGUAUACGCCACGCAUUUAUGGCUUCAAGCUGCACAAUACAGCCCUGCUGCCACCUCCAGCCGAGGCCAACGCUAACUCCGUCUUCAGCAACAACACCGACAAGAUCAAUACGGACAACAUCAUCAACAACAGCAACAACAACAAACCCUCAACAACAAUCCCAAUGGUGCCCCCAACCACUGUCAAAAUAAGCCAGAACAGUUCUCCGACCAUUCGUCCGCCUAUGCGACGCUUUAACUUUACAAUUAAUUAAACUUCAAAUUAUAUAUUUGCUAAAUGUACAAUAUUUAA